CGCGACGCCUUCCUCCGACAUGUCGGUCAUUGUGGCUCAGUCUCAUUUUAUCUUUGGUCUCCAACCAAAAGUCGCCAAUAACAUCUGUUACUUUGAUGAACAAACCGUGAUAUUCCCGUCCGGAAACAACUGUAUAAAGUAUAACGUGGAUCAGAAAUGGCAGAAGUUUAUUCCAGGCUCAGAGAAGAGCCAUGGCAUGAAGGCGUUAGCGAUCAGCCCCAAUCGCCGCUACCUUGCCAUGUCAGAGAAGGCCUCCGACAAGGCUACAAUCACCAUCUAUGAUUUGGCGUCCAUGCCGUUCAAGAAGCGGAAAGUCCUAAGUGCUUCGGAAUUCACUGCGCAGGAGUUUGUCAGCAUCGCGUUCUCACCAGACUCGAAGUACCUGGUGGCUCUGUCCGGCUCCCCUGAGUGGCAGAUCAUCUUCUGGAUGUGGGAGAAGCAAAAAGUGAUGGCGACUGUGAGGGCCGACAGUCAGAAUAGCCCCAUUUACCAGGUGAGCUUCAACCCCCAUGACAAUUCCCAGAUCUGUGUCACUGGACACGUCUUCAAAAUCCUUCGCUACGUGGAUGGUAAUCUGAAACAGACAAACUUUCAAAAAGUGGAAGCUCAGAACUUCCUGAGCCACGCAUGGCUGUCUGAGGACAGAGUCAUCUGUGGAACAGACACCGGGAAGCUGUUUCUGUGGGAGUCUGGAGACCUGCGCUGGGAGCACAACAUCGGGGGAAGAGCCAACGCGCACCCUCAUCAUCCCGAAAAACGGAGAGCAUCCUCUGAAGAUGGACGGUAAGUUAACAAGAGCAUUAAGAGGCCCUCUCUGCCUUGGGCAGCUCCUCGUCAUCCCCUUUGCAACAUCAAUUCCAUUCUGGCCUAUUCCAAGGGCUUCCUGUGCUCCGGCGGUCCCGGCACGGUCAUGUUUGAAAAAGUAGAAGAUCGAGAACUUUACAAGAGAGAUCCCGCAGAUAAGAACAGCAGUGACUCGGGUCUGUCGGAGCAGCAGGAGGUUCUGUGCAUGUGUCUGAGCCCCUCCGAGGAGACAGUGAUCAUCAGCACCGAGAAGAGCCAGCUCUAUAGCAUCGCCCUGUCCUCGGCGGACAUCACUAAGAGUGAUGACGUUCCCUUUGAGUUCCUGACCGAGCCUUGGCAUUCCUCCGCCAUUACAGGACUCGGUGUGUGUAUCCGCAAACCUCUGAUCGCCACCUGCUCGCUGGACCGCUCCGUCCGCAUCUGGAACUACGAGAACAACUCUUUGGAUCUGUACAAGGAGUUCCAGGAGGAGGCGUUCAGUAUCUCGCUGCACCCCUCCGGAUUAUAUGUACUUGUGGGUUUUUCUGACAAGUUACGACUGAUGAAUCUGCUGAUUGAUGAUAUCCGGUCAUUCAAAGAAUUCAACGUCCGUGGAUGUAAAGAGUGUGUCUUUAGUCAUGGAGGACAUCUCUUCGCUGCUGUGAAUGGCAACGUCAUCCAUAUCUACUCUACAGCAACGUUCGAGAAUGUAGUCAACCUGAAAGGCCACAACGGAAAGGUGCGCUCCGUGGCCUGGAGUGCGGAUGACAGUAAGCUGGUGUCCUGUGGCCUCGAUGGAGCCGUCUACGAGUGGAACUCACUGACCGGUAAGAGGGAGUCUGAGUGUGUCCUGAAAUCCUGCAACUACAGCUGCGUGGCCCUGUCCCCCGACUCCAAGACCAUCUUUGCUGUUGGAUCUGACCAGACACUGAAGGAGAUUAGUGAUUCGCAGAUAUCACGGGAAGCACCAUCCUUUGACGUGACGUAUACGGCGGUUGCCAUCUCACAUUCUGGACGCAUGGUUUUCACUGGCACAAAUACCGGGACUGUGCGCUCUAUGAAAUACCCGCUACCUCUUCAUAGGGAAUACAACGAGUACCAGGCACAUGCCGGACCGGUCACCAGGCUGGUGGUGACAUAUGACGACCAGAAUCUCCUGUCCAUCUCUGAAGACGGGUGCCUUAUAGUGUGGAAAAUCUCUGACAAAGAGAGCCGUGGCCUGAAGCGGGAUAAAGAAUUGACCUAUGCAGAGGAGGUCCUGAUCACCAAGUCAGACCUGGAGGAGAAGAACCAGGUAAUGCUGGAGCUGAAGACUCGCGUGGAGGAGCUGAAGAUGGAGAGCGAGUAUCAGCUGCGACUGAAAGACAUGAACUACAAUGAGAAGUUAAAGGAGCUGACGGAGAAGUUCAUCCAGGAAAUGGAGGUUCUGAAGACAACAAACCAGGUAUUGAAAGCUGAGGCUGAGAAACAAGAGCUGAAACACCAGGACGAGUUAGCGGAAGUGAUGGAGAGACAUUCCCGGGAGCUGCAGGAUCUAGAGACGGCAAAUAACCAGAAGCUUCUGCUGGAGUACGAGAAGUACCAGGAGCUGCAGGUGAAAUCCCAGCGGAUGCAGGAGGAGGAUGAGCGGCAGCUCCACGAACUGGAGGAGAGCAAGAGCCAGGCCUUGGAGGAACUGACCGAGCACUACGAGGCGAAGCUACACGAGAAGGCGGCUCAGCUUCAGCAGGCUCAGGAUGAAGCUCGUCAGCAGCUGAGAGAAUUAGAAGAAACCAAGAAGCAGAUAGAAGAGGAUGGAGACAGAGAGAUCCAGGACAUCAAGAUAAAAUACGAGCGGCGCCUGCGGGAGGAGAGGGAGAUCUCCCUGCGGCUGAAGGGGGAGAGUGGAAUCAUGAGGAAAAAGUUCAGCAGUCUGCAGAAAGACAUUGAAGAGCGGGCGGCUGACAUUGAGAGGAUGAAGAUGGAGGAGCAGAAGCUGAAGGGCGUUAUCAAGUCUCUAGAAAAAGACAUUCAGGGGCUGAAGAGAGAGAUCCAAGAGCGGGAUGAGACCAUACAGGACAAGGAAAAAAGAAUCUACGAUCUGAAGAAGAAGAACCAGGAACUGGAGAAAUUCAAAUUUGUUCUAGAUUAUAAAAUCAAGGAACUGAAGAAGCAGAUCGAGCCCCGAGAAAACGACAUCAAAGAGAUGAAGGAGCAGAUCCAGGAGAUGGAGGCGGAACUGGAGCGUUUCCAUAAGGAGAACACACAGCUGGAUCUGAACAUCACCGAACUGAAGCAGAAGCUGAAAGCCACCGAACGGGAGAUGCAGAGGGAAAGGCAGAAGGUUCGGGAUGUGGAAGCCGUGGUGAAACGCUUUAAAACUGAUCUGCACAAUUGUGUCGGAUUUAUCCAGGAGCCUAAAAAGCUGAAGGACAAUAUCCGGGAGCUGUACUCAAAAUACGUGCAAGAGAGCGACGCGGCAGAGAUUGUGGGCAUCGAUGCGGACAUCCAGCGGGAAUACGCCCGGCAGCGGGAGCACUUGGAGCGCAGCCUGAGCACAUUACAGAAGAAGCUGGUGAAGGACACUGAGAUCCAUCGCGCUGAUAACGUGCGGGUCAUGCAGGAGAAUGUAACAUUGAUUAAGGAAAUUAAUGAGUUACGUCGAGAGCUGAAGGUCAAUCGUACAAAGGUCCACGACCUGGAGGUGGCACUUGGGGUAGAAAGGAAGAAUCGGAAAAGUAGCCUGGCAGACUCCAAAGGGUCUUCCAUUGGCGGUCCGCAAUCCUCAGGGCUGCUGCGGCUGAACAUCGAGGAAGAAACAGCAAGAAUCAUUGAAAUGCAGAAGCUGGAGAUCAAACGGUUACGGGACCUGCUUCAAUCACAGGAUAUGACGACGGGGAUCAGACCGCCCUCUGUGGGGAGGUUACCGUCACUUACCGCCUGAUCAUCCAGAACCGUAUUAGAACGCCAAUAAACAAUCUCACGUCAGUCGUAGUCUAAUAUGUCUGUCCAUAUAACUGUCCACAACCGCACAUGUGACAUCAUACGUUCAUUGACAUGUUUUCUGAAGUGGCCCUAAGCUAUGGGGGCCACCUUCAUAUUUGCUAAUGUAGAAAGUCUGAUAAUCCAGCGUACAGUAUAUGAGGGAGAAGUCCUAUAGGGCUGGCUG